UGCAUGUGCGAGGUUGUUGCUUUUCCCUCUUUCUUCUUCCCCUUCUUGCUUGGAUGCUUGUGCGUCUCUCCCCACUUCUCCUUCUUUUGCUCGCUCGCUGGCCUCUCUCUUUCUUCUGCACUCAACCACACACCACAAAGCACACUCCCCCAACCGACUUUUCCCCCCUCGUCCUUGCGCGCGCGAGAGCGACAAGCGAUACACACGAUAGAAGUGGCGCUUGCCUGCUUGCUUGCUUACUUCUUGUUUUGCUGUGCCUCUCUGCUUUUGCUGGUCUUUCCCCCAACGUGUGUCUGGGUGGUGAGACGUGUCAAACCUUGUCGAAUUCCGUUGGCGCGCGCCGGCUCUCUCGUCAUCUCGACGUGUUUUGGGGAACGUGGCCUGGUGCUUGUCGAGCCAUCCUCUGCCGCUCGCUCGCCCUUGUGUUGUGUUGUGGUCGUCUUCGUGUUUGAAGCCACCACAUCCCUCUCUUGUUCCACUCUCAAGCACGCCCGCCACACAAAGCUGGCGCCAGUGGCGCGCGUGCGUUUGAACCCUGAUUCCCAAUACCAGGCAUUCCUGCCUUUUCCCCCCUCCCAUCCCUUUCACUCACACAAACACACAACCACGUCCUCGUGAGUGGUGUUUGAAACACACGCGUGGGUUUCCGUGCUCCGUCUCUUUGUAACACUGACGCCGCUCCCCCCCCCACUUCCAUUCGCUCCCUGUGCUUUCUGCUGUUUGACACGACCCUUCCCACAGCCUGCCUGCUCAAUACCAGCAGCAGCAUCACCACCACUUUCCUGAACCUCUUCCCUUCUUGCUUUGCUCUCUCCUCUCUCUCUCUCCUCUCUCUCCCUCCUCUCUCUCUCUCGUUGCGUGCAACUUCACACCGCUGCUCAACAGCAGUCCCCUGCUUUGCUGCGGCCCGGCGCCGUCUCGUCCCAUCAGCCCUUCCUCCCCCCCCCCUCCAACACCUCUCUCUUCCAC